UUCUUUUAUUCAGUACGACUGUUUGGAACAAUGGCAUCUGCACACAUUGUCUUCUGUCUGAUAUGUUUGUUCUUGGGUGUAAUUGCUCAGAGGAACAACAUGCAUUUAUCCUCCUCUGUUCAUGAAGAAGCACGUUUUAUAUCAGCUAAAUCUGGAGACAGAGUAACUUUACAUUGUUACUAUGAACAGAAUGUUGCUGCACGUUUAUACUGGUAUAAACAAACUUUAGGAGAGAAACCAAAAUGUAUUUCUACCUUCUAUAAGUCAGAAGACUAUUUUGUAAAAUUUCAUGGUCCAUUCAACAAUAGUGCACGCUUCAGACUAGAUAAUGAAAAAGGAAAAAACCAUUUGAUUAUCUCAGACUUAAGUGUUUCAGACUCAGCAACGUACUACUGUAUAUAUUCCUACUGGUACACAUCAACGUUCUUAGAGACCAUUAUUGUCAGUGUCAAUGAUUCUGAUUUAAACAUACAAGCUUUAGUUCAUCAGUCAGCAUCUGGGACCAUCCAGCCAGGAGGCUCUGUAAGUCUGCACUGUAUGGUGCACACUGUGCUGAGCUGUGAUGGAGAACUCAGUGUUUACUGGUUCAAAGACUCUCAACCAGGACUCAUUUACACCCAUGGAGUCAGGAAUGAUCAGUGUGAGAGGAAAGCCAACAAAAGAACACACACCUGUGUCUAUAACUUGACAAUAGAGAGCCUGAAUGUGUCUCACGCUGGGAUCUACUACUGUGCUGUCGCCUCAUGUGGACACAUACUUUUUGGAAACGGGACCAAGCUGGACUUUGGGGUUCGGCAAGAUUCUCCUGCCCUGAUGUAUUUCUUAAGUGCAGCUUUAACACUCACCACCAUCAUCAGUGUGUUAUCAACUUUUUUAGUGUAUAAGAUGAAAAAGAGGAACAACUGCCAAUCCAGAGCAGACUCAAACGCAAAUGAUUCUGUAAAUUUAGAGAGCACCCAAGAGGACAACCUUCAUUAUGCUGCUUUGAGAAAAAUUAGGACGAAAGGAGCAAGAAGACAGACGAGCAACACCCAGGAUGAAUGUGUGUACUCCGGUAUAAAGUAAACAUAGUAGAAAUGAUGAUUUUUAGUAUUACCUUUCUGCUAUAGUGAUGAUUUUGGCAACAAUUUCUAAAUAUUUUUUAGAAAUAUUUAGAAAUUUUUCUAAAUAUCUUUUCAUUUUUUGGUUUGAAAGAAAAGAUAUUUAAAAAAUGAUUUAACUGCUAACAGCAUUUGAUCACUUGUAUAAUUUUGAAAUUCCUGUAAAUGUAAUUCCAGUAAAUAAUUUGUUUUGGAUUGUUGGGUUUGAUUUAUUUUUAGUUUUUGUGUAAUAAUGUAUAGUAUUAUUUUGAGUAGUAGUCUCCCAAGUGUUCCCGUUUAUAAUGACUUUCACCUGCAUGUUAUUUCUGACCAGUUUAACAUUCCCAGUUAAUAUUUAUAGUCCUGUCUUCCCUUUGUUCUUUGUCUCUGUGGCUGUAUAUCUCCACCCUCUGCUCUUUCUGGUUUCCGAGGAUCUCUAAAAUGAUUUUUGGAUUUCUGUUUUUUUUUCUAUUUUGUAAAUCUGUUUGCAACCUAAUAAAAG